CUCUGGGCACACCUCGGAAUUUGCCCCCGCCUCCCGCCUGCUCCCCUCGGGCUCCAGGAAGUCGCGAGCGCCCCAGGGGUCGCCCGAGGAGUGGGCUCGGGACCGCGGGCAGCGCAGCCUGCAGGGGGGCGCCAACGGCAGCGAUGAAGCCAUCUUGGCUGCAGUGUCGCAAAGUCACCGGCGCCGGGGGACUCGGGGGGUCCCUGCCCGCGUCCUCUCCCGCCCGGGGAGCCGGCCCGGCCCGCAGGGCGUACGUGGCCCCCGGCCAACGGGGCGCUCUCGGGGGCCGGGGCUGCCGGGCGCUGUCCUCGGGCGGCUGCGAGUACAAGACCCACUUCGCGGCCUCGGUGGCCGACCCCGAGAGGUUCUGGGGCAAAGCCGCGGAGCAGAUCAGCUGGUACAAGCCCUGGACCAAAACGCUGGAGAACAGACAUUCGCCUUCCACCAGUUGGUUUGUGGAAGGGAUGCUUAACAUUUGUUACAAUGCCAUCGAUCGUCAUAUUGAAAAUGGUAAAGGAGAUAAGAUUGCUAUCAUUUAUGACAGUCCUGUUACAAAUACUAAAGCCACUAUUACCUAUAAAGAAGUCCUGGAGCAGGUCUCUAAGCUGGCUGGUGUUUUGGUCAAGCAUGAUGUCAAGAAGGGUGACACCGUGGUUAUCUACAUGCCCAUGAUCCCCCAGGCGAUAUACACCAUGCUGGCGUGUGCUAGGAUAGGAGCCAUCCAUAGUCUCAUAUUUGGGGGAUUUGCAUCCAGAGAACUCAGCAGUCGCAUUGAUCAUGCAAAGCCCAAGGUCGUUGUUACAGCAUCGUUUGGCAUUGAACCUGGAAGGAAGGUAGAAUACAUACCACUUCUAGAAGAAGCUCUGAGAAUAGGACAACACAAGCCAGAUAAAGUUCUCAUUUAUAAUCGUCCAAAUAUGGAGCCAGUUCCUUUGGCGCCAGGUCGUGACCUUGAUUGGGAUGAAGAGAUGGCAAAAGCACAGUCACAUGAUUGUGUUCCUGUCCUUUCCGAACAUCCGCUGUAUAUUCUUUACACAUCUGGAACAACGGGGUUGCCAAAGGGUGUGGUGAGGCCCACUGGAGGAUAUGCUGUAAUGCUUAACUGGUCAAUGUCUUCUAUAUAUGGACUUAAACCUGGAGAGGUGUGGUGGGCAGCUUCUGACUUAGGCUGGGUUGUCGGACAUUCCUAUAUCUGUUAUGGACCUCUUCUACACGGAAACACAACAGUUUUAUAUGAGGGGAAGCCUGUGGGAACACCAGAUGCUGGCGCUUACUUCCGUGUGCUCGCGGAGCAUGGAGUAGCUGCCUUGUUUACAGCGCCAACUGCCAUUAGAGCAAUCCGUCAACAGGACCCUGGGGCAGCCUUGGGGAAGCAGUACUCUCUGACAAGGUUCAAAACAUUAUUUGUGGCUGGAGAACGAUGUGACGUGGAGACCCUGGAAUGGUCCAAAAAGGUCUUCAGAGUACCUGUCCUAGACCAUUGGUGGCAAACUGAGACUGGUUCCCCAAUUACAGCAUCAUGCAUUGGAUUAGGUAAUUCUAAAACACCUCCUCCAGGGCAAGCAGGAAAAAGCGUUCCAGGAUACAAUGUUAUGAUUUUGGAUGACAACAUGCAAAAACUGAAGGCUCGGUGUUUAGGAAACAUUGUGGUAAAGUUGCCAUUACCACCUGGAGCUUUUUCAGGACUCUGGAAGAAUCAGGAGGCAUUCAAGCAUUUAUACUUUGAAAAAUUUCCUGGAUACUAUGACACCAUGGAUGCUGGUUACAUGGAUGAAGAAGGUUAUAUAUAUGUUAUGUCUCGAGUUGACGACGUGAUAAAUGUUGCAGGUCACAGGAUUUCUGCAGGUGCUAUUGAAGAGAUGAUGAUGUUUAUCGAAGAACUCUUUCCUAACCCAAGAACCUCCACUAUGAUACUGAGUAAGAGUGAUGAGAGCAGUUACCCUCGUCUUGUUCCUGAUCUUAGGUCUGUCCUUUCCCAUGGCACUGUGGCCGACUGCGCUGUUGUUGGCAAGGAAGACCCUUUGAAGGGUCAUGUCCCGUUAGCACUCUGCGUGCUGAAGAAAGAUAUAAAUACAACAGAGGAACAAGUCUUAGAAGAAAUUGUGAAACAUGUUAGACAGAGCAUUGGCCCCGUGGCUGCUUUUCGAAAAGCGGUGUUUGUGAAACAGUUACCCAAAACCAGAUCUGGCAAAAUUCCCCGCUCAGCUCUGUCUGCCCUUGUCAAUGGCAAGCCAUAUAAGGUAUCCCCUACAAUUGAAGACCCCAGCAUUUUUGGGCACAUAGAAGAAAUGCUGAAGCAGGCAUUAUGACUUUUUUUUUCUUUUUUUGUCACUUUUCUAAUUGGAGUUAGAUUUUGGAAUUAUUUCCCAGAAAUAAAUAUUUAAAUAGAAAUUACAUGCAAACUGAAAUGUAAAUUGUAGAGCUUGGUCUAAAAACAAUGUACGUGAAAACUAGUAAAAGGCCUUCUGUUUGAUUAGCCCAAUUAGCACUGUUACUGGUUACCUGUAACAUUGCUCAUUAUAGAUUUUCCAGAACUUUGAUUUAAGAAAAAUAUAUCUGACAUACGAUUUAUAAAAAUUGUACCCCCCAAAAAAACAUUUUAAUUGAAAGUGACACUAAUAUCGAGCCACUUGCUGAAAUUAGGACUCUGCAGCUUUGACCCAAGACCUAAAACUCAAGUGAAGUCAGAAAACAAUUAUAAUUUUCUUAUAGAAAUUCUGAAUAUUUUCUAAUAUUCUUGAGAUGCCCACAUGCAUGGUUAUUUUAAAUGAAAUGGAUGAAAUGGGAAGUUUUAGGUAAUCAUCUAGACAUGAUUUUCUAAGUAGGAGAAUCUGUCUAGUCACAUAUUUCCUGAGGGAAGGCUGGGUACCAACCAAGGUACAGCUCUCUUCAAUCCUUUGUUACUUAGUCAAGGGGAAUCACAGGCUGGCAGAGAGCAUAGAGGUCAAUUAAUCCAAUCUCUUUGUCAUGGCGAUGAGGGCUCUUUAGCUGACUGUAUACUCUUAAUGAUUCCAGCUUCUUUUGGAAACAAGGAAAUGUGUAGAAAUGGGGAAACUGGCAAGGAAAGCUCUUAAGGAAGAAAUGUAAAAGUUUUUACAUUAGCUAAAAACCGGGAGGAGUCUUAAGAGAAACCAGAAAUCCAGAUUUUAUGUGAAAUCUCUAAUUUUUAAAUAACUCAUUAAAAAAAAAAUUGUCAUAUCCAAAGCACAUCUUUCCAUUUAAACUUCUGUAAAACUAUUGAGCAUUAAAAAAAUAACUGAAAAUUAGUCUUUGUUAAUAAGCAUAUGAUAAUGUGCCAAUUAUCCAGAGUAGGUAGAUAUAGAUAAUUACUUAUUUGGUUUACUUAGGGCUCUACAUGAGAUCAGUUAUCAAAGAAUAUAUUUAAACUCAAAAAAUACCAUACCCAUGUCUUGACGGUUCUUAAAGUAUUCCUCGGUCUUUCAGUCCAUCAGGAACAUUAUUUUUAAGAGCAACUGUCUUAACAUAUAGUCUGGUAACAUAUCACGAAAUAUAUAUGAGAGAUAAUAGAUAAGAGCUUAUUGUUUGUUUCAUAAAAAUUGCUUACAACUUGUAUAAAGACAUUCUGAAAAUGUUAGGAUUUUUUGGACUGUAGCCUAUAAGAUAAAUGGCUUCUCAAAGUAAAUUGUUAUUUGCUAAAAUUGGCUUUUUGAUUGUUACACGUGAAAAAAUACAUUCAUCUAACUGUUCCUUUUAAUUAUUUUAGUAGACUGAGUUAAACUAAUUAGAUAGAUAUUCAACUUAUAAUUUGAAGUUGUUGGGUUCCUUAAACUGUCUCUUCUCUUGAGUACAUUUUAUCUUAUCACAACUGUAAUCUCACACUUUUUAAUGUCUUAGAAUUAAGAUGUAUUACCUUCUUUUUUCAUAUAAAAUUCAGUUAAUUUGAAAUGGCAAAUUCUUUAGCCGAUUGUGUAUCAUAGUUCAUCUGCAAGGUAUAAACCCAGGCAUAUACAAGAAUUGUGUUAACGAUUACAUCUUUGAUCCUCUUGCACAUUUUUCGUGGUAAUCAAUCUGAGAGACACUUCAGCAAGCAGGCUUGGGUUAUUUUCCUGUUGAGUGGGAUUGGAAAACAGUGCACAAGACCGGGGAAGUGGUGUUUUCUUGUAUCUGGUUAAAGAAAGUGAUCUCCUUUGCAGGGUCAGAGAAAGUACUGUUCCUCUCACAAGACUGAAUGUGGGGCAAGAAAGAUACAGUCAUCAGAUUGCUUAAAUUUUGGAAGAAAAAAAAAGGAAUUUUCUAUUUUAAUACUUACCAUAAGGUACUUUCACUCAAUAGUACUUAAAAUAUUUUGAAUUAUAUGUCUUUAAAAAUAACAAUAUAAUGUUACUAAAAAAUAUAAUUUGCUGAAAUAAAUUCUGCAUGAUCUUC